AUGAUUGAGGAAGGAGAACUGGAUAGAGCCGUGGCGUAUGUUCAUAAUGUGAGCAAAACUUUUGAAGACAAAAUUGAAACAUAUAAAGCCUUCCUUGAUGUUAUGACAAGUUUCCGGAACGACAGAAUUGGAAUACUUGAAGUAGUGGCAAAGGUGAUGCGAUUGUUCGAAGGUCAUCAAGAAUUAAUUUCAGAGUUCGUUACCUUCUUGCCCGACCCUGAGAAUAUUGUUGGUUAUCAAAAAAUCAUGAAUUUAUCAAGACGUAGGAUUCAGCCACUCGGCGAGGGCCGUGGGAGGAAUAAAAAGGAAGGGUUCUUUGAGGCCUUCGCAUAUGUCCAUUCAGUGUGGGAAACAUAUCCACACAAUAAAGAAAUAUUGAAGGCAUUGCAUGAUGUUUUGACAGAUUACCAGGAAAAAAGAAUUGGGAAGGUUGAUGUGUUGCCAAGGAUUGAGGAUUUGUUCCAAGAUCAUGAAGAACUAGUUUUGGGUUUCAAGAAUUUCUCUAUAUAGCCCAAUCAAAAGAAUAAUUCAGUGAAUUAGACUAGGGAAUAAGUAUUUCCAACAAAUAAUUCUUGAGCUUUAAUUAAUUUCUCAAAGGAAUGAACAAGAUGGAGC